AUGCAUCCGUCUCUUGUCCUCGGCCUUACGGAGAUGUCUGUGUCCAGCAGUCAAACAUACACCCUCGCUCCAGAAGCUCAAGCGCCUAUUGGCGCAUCUCAGCUGGUUGACCCGUCUUUUCCCAGUUUUGCAAUUCAAGUCAGCUCAUUUCCAGCCUAUUCAGGCAAUGCCUCGUAUCCCAAUACCUUUUCCAUCAACCUAAUCCGUGCAAUCGAAGAGCGCACAGGAGGGCCCUUGGUUAUUCGCGUCGGUGGAACUAAUGGGGAUUUUUCCAAUUUCAACCCUGCUCAAACAAGCCCGAUCGAACCCCCAAUGCAGGGGAGUGGCGUCCAGCAGAAAUUCGUCCUCGGGCCUGAUUUUUAUGAAGGCUUCGGCAAUUUCCCCGACACCCGUUGGGUCUAUGAUAUCCCUUUUGCCAAUCAAAACCAUACGGACUCCCUUGAUCUGGGGCUCGCUGCAGUCCACCAGAUAGGCUUCCAGAGCCUGGAUGCCCUGGAAAUUGGCAAUGAGGUUGACCUUUAUGUUGGCCAGGGUGUGCGCCCUGCUGGAUGGGGACCGCAGAAUUACACUGUUGAUUUCUUGAACUAUGCGGAAUUUCUCACGGAUGCACUAAAUCUGCCGAAUUACCCGAUUUUCCAGACUCUGACCUUGUCAUCUUCAAGGGUGCCGCCGUGGAGCGCGCAAGCUGUAUUCGAGGAUGGUAUCACGAAAGGCAACCGAGUCAAAUCGGUCUCCUUGCACCACUACGAGUAUACGAAUACAACCACCACUCUGCAAGAAACUCUCAUGAAUCACACUUUUGUCACGAGCGGUGUCGAUAACGCCUUUCUCUCUGACUUCGAAUACAUGAAAGCAAACUUCCCGGAAAUCCAGAUAGUGCUUGGUGAGGUCGGCCGCUUCCGUGACGGCGGGGGAUCCCUUGAUCAAUCCGAAGGUAUUUUCGGGUCUGCGUUGUGGACCGCCGAUUAUUUACUAUACACCAUGUCAUUGGGCAUACAGAACGUAACGCGCGUCAAUAUGCAAUUGAGCAAAGCAUUCGGCUACGCCGCUUGGCACCCAGUAGCCUAUGAUGAUCUUGAGCCGGCGGUUAUCGCACCAUAUUAUGGCCACCUCCUCGUUGCUGACUUUAUGAAGGGUUCAAGUAAUUUUCGAGUAAUUGAAAUUCAAUCGGAUGACGAUCUGCUUGCUGCCUACGCCGGCUAUGAGUAUGAUCAGCUCAAACGCGUUGCCAUCAUGAAUUACGACGUCUGGAAUGCGGGCGAUGGAGAGCGUCCUAUUCGAAACAUCGAUUUGAAAGUUCCUGACGGUGUCCAAUCUGUCCGUAUCUCCACCUUGACCUCUCCUGGUGGAGCGAGUGCUACCAGCGAGUUCUAUUGGGCUGGGCAGACGUGGACCUACGCAAAUGAUGGUGUGGGGCAAGCCGUUCACCAAAGAUAUGCAGAAGAGCUAGUUAAGGAUGGACAUGUGGUAGUUACUGUCGGCGCCAGUGAAGCGGUGAUAGUCACUUUAAUUUCACCUUGA